UGACCUUGCUCGAGUGUUUAAAAUGAAAGGAGAUCCUUACUAUAGUGAUGUAUACGAUGCGAUCAACAAGUGGGCUGUUUGUUUUUGUAGCAUUCUUGAUCGCGUUAACAAAAUGUUCGCGUUUAUUGGUAGUGUUUCCCAUGGAGGCACCAAGUCACUAUAACCUUGGCAGUAGUUUGGCAAAAGGAUUGGCGGAAGCUGGACAUGAUGUCACUAUCAUUGCUUCUUUUAAGGAGAAGAGCAUUACAAAGGGAUUGAAGUAUAGAGAAGUUUAUCUCGAUGGGUUUUAUGAGGAAAGAAAAAAACAAUUUAAGGAAAUGAACCUCUUUAAAAUGACUAACAUUCCAAUGAUAAUGAGACUUCCCUUUAUGAACUCCAUGGGAAAUGACAUAACAGAACGAACUUUCGCUCAUCCGAAAAUCCAAAAACUCCUCGAUGACCAAAACGAAAAAUUCGACGCCGUAAUAGUGGAAAAUUUUAUAAACGAUGCCAUGAAAUAUUUUGCUUACCAUUUUAAAGCCCCCCUGAUCAGUUUUAGUCCUGUUGGUGCAAACGCUUGGGUUAAUAUUUUGGUUGGCAACCCUGCUCCUCCCUCAUAUAUCCCAAAUGCUUUCAUGGACUAUUCUUCACAGAUGACUUUUUUUGAAAGGGUUUUAAAUAAUUUGUUUGACGUUAUUUCCAGUCUUAACACGCAUUUAAUUUUCUUUCCUGGUCAAAAUAAGAUAUUGCACAAAUAUUUCCCUAAUGCACCUGAUAUUAGCGAUUUACUUUACAAUAAUUCACUGGUGCUUUUAAACUCACAUGUUAGCACGACUUUUCCUGUACCAUUGUUGCCAAAUAUGAUCAAUAUUGGUGGGUUUCAUGUUAAACCUGCUAAAACAUUACCCAAGGAUUUGAAGGAUUUUAUUGAAGGUGCCAAACAUGGUGUUAUUUACUUCAGUAUGGGUUCCAAUUUGCAGAGCAAAGAUUUACCGGAAAAUAUAAGAAACAAUUUGAUGAAUACUUUUAAGAGUCUUAAAGAAAGAGUGAUAUGGAAGUUUGAGGAUGAAAACCUACCUGGAAAACCUAAUAAUGUUUUAAUUAGCAAGUGGUUGCCACAAAAUGAUAUUUUAGGACAUCCAAAUGUAAAACUUUUUAUUACUCAUGGAGGCUUACUAAGUACCACGGAAACAAUAUACCAUGGCGUACCUGUACUGACAAUUCCUAUAUUUGGUGAUCAAAAAAUGAAUGCCAAUCAAAUGAUUCAACACGGUUUUGGCCAGUCGAUAUCAUAUGAAGACCUAAAUGAGGAAAACAACAUUCGGACAGCAAUCAAUGAAAUGUUGACCAAUACAAAAUACAAAAACAAUGCAAAACAAAGAUCAAAAAUCAUGCAUGACCAACCCAAUAAACCCAUGGAUACAGCAAUAUUUUGGAUCGAAUACGUUAUAAGACAUAAUGGUGCUCCACAUCUUAGAACUGCAGGGUUGGACUUGGCGUGGUAUCAGUAUAUAUCACUGGACGUAUAUGCAUUUGUCAUCAGUGUUAGCAUUUUAGUUGUAUUAAUAUUAUCCAAAUUGUUUAAGAUUUGCUGUAGAAAGACAAAAACUAAGACUGACAAAGUUAAGAAAAACAAUUAAUGUAGAUAAAGACAAUUAUUUAAGUUUCAUUAUUAUUACUCAAAGUUUAACAUAAUUAAUUUAUUUUUAAAGCUAAAUAAAACAUGUUUUUUAUUAACAUGUUUUAAUUGUAUAAUUACAUAACUUAGUCUGGAUUUAAAUUGUGGGAACAGAAAUUUUUAAAAUGGCUUACAAAAUUUAUUAAAAAAUAAAUUUUAAUUUUUAUGGGAGUUUCUCUAAUUUCCAUAAAAAAUCCCUUGUUAAAAUGAAUUUAUUCAGUCAUUUUUAUAACUUUUUUUAUCUUUACUUUAGAAGUUAAAUUAAUUGAAUCAACAUUAACCCU